AUGGACUGGAGACAAAACCUCAUCAUCCAAGUUGGAUUCAGUGGCUCUUUUGAAGAGUCAAAGAGGGACGUCUACUAUAGAAAUGAUCCUAUGAAGUACGUCGACAGAGAAAAGAAAAAGAAAAGGGUAAAAAAUUGUAAAAAAAAUUUGAUGAUUCAACGACCCUUUUAUAGUGUUGCAAAAAAGUUGUGGUCGUGUGCAAAAGGUAAAGAAAAUGGAAAAAUUUUUCAAAUUGCAAUUUUAGCCAAGUUAACACUACUUCGACCUGUUUUGGCAAAGAUUUAUUUGUCGACAAAAUGA